AUGGCUGAAGCCAUAAAAUCUUUUAUAUUCUUCGAUAUGGAGGCAACGGGUUUGCCUCAAUUCGAAGGAUCCCCAAAAAUCACCGAAUUGUCCUUUGUUGCAUGUUCUGCAGAUCAUUUUAUGGCAUCCUCGAGGCAGGAAGUGCCUGAAAUUCCACGUGUCUUGCACAAAUUAUCCUUCUGUGUUAACCCCUUUAAGCGGAUCUCCGAAGAGAGCUCCCGGAUUACGGGAUUAGAUAACUACAAUUUGGAGAAUGAGAGUAAUUUCAAUGUCCGGGAGCUUGAGAUGAUUAAGAAGUUUGUGGAGCGUCUUCAGCAGCCAGCAUGCCUUGUGGCUCACAAUGGGAACUCCUAUGACUACCCUAUUCUCCGCAAGGAAUUUCAGAAGCACAAUAUUGAAGUUCCUGAAAAUCUUCUCUGUGUGGAUUCACUGAAGGUCUUCAAGAAGAUCGAUAAGGAUCGUGAAAUAGAGAGGCAGGAGGAUGAGGAACUUGCAGAAUUCAUCCGAACUGAGCUGAAAGAAAUUGAAGAAGCUGAAGAGGAACAUAGAAGACUUAUCAAGGAGUUUGGUGGAGAAAACUCCGGAGCAUUCCAAGAGAAUUCCGAGCUGUGCAAUCAAUAUGAAAUUCUUGAGAAAAUAGACUCAAAGGCACAUCAAAAAUUGAAUGAGACAACCCCCAAUAAUUCCACAAUGACCAACAUUCCACCGCGAGCUGCGAAGAAAAAAUCCGCUGAAGGAUCAUCUCAAGAGACCCCCAAAAAGGCUGAGGUUGUUCCGGAAGGGAAUAUUGGAAAGUCGAAGAGGCAACUCUUUCCUGUGAAGAAGAAAUAUCGCCUCCCUGACAUUUACCAGAGACUCUACGGGGAAGAUCCCGAGGAUACCCAUCGAGCUGAGAGCGAUUGCUACAUUCUCAUGAAAUGCGCUCUCAAGGAAGCUCGAGACUUCCUAUCAGCCGCUCAAGCUGUAUCCAAACCAUUUGUGGACAUUUCCGCGCAAAAGUAA